GAAGCCUUUUCUGCUUUUGCUCGUCCUUCCUUCCCGUCACUCGUCGAACCCCAUACGUACCUACCGAGACCCAAGUGCCUGCGUCCUCCCACAUACGGAGUACAACCUCUCAUUCCCACCCACACCACAACGCCGGCACACCUGGGAUUCUGCUUUUUGGCUGCGACAACAUUUUCCCUGGCCUCUCCAAUGCAAAGACUUAUACGUUCCUUUUGAACCCCCAGACGAAUUCCACAGAGUAACAAGUACUGCAUAUCCUCCUUCACGUGUUGUGCUGCGGCCCCCGGCUCUGUCCGACCCUUUGCGCCUAAACAUUACUACCUGCGAUACACACACACUCUCACCAGAUCGAACCCACACCUUUGCUGCUGGCCGCAUUGUUUGAAAGCAGUCGCUGUCGUGCGAGUCGUUCGUCGCCGGUGCCGUCUCGAGUUUGAUCGCGAAAUCCCAUCGGAACAAUCGUAUACCUACACAAUGUCCGUCGCCAAAAUAUCAUGAAGCAAACCUGCGCAUUCGUCACUCUCGAUCCAGUGUCCCGCUCAUGACCAUGGUUGUAGCGGUAUACUCUCUAUAUUCCUACCUUGAUUCGUGACCGCCAUGGUCUCCGAAUCGACCGUCAGCACUCGCACGUCGCUGAUCUCGCUCGACCCAGCUGUCGCCAGCCACAUCACAGGCACCACCCGAGCCACAACCGUCCCCGGGACCUCCCAGCAUGGCUCCAGUCCGAGAAAGAGCACGAAAACUCCAGACACAGACAUAUCGCGAAGGCAUAUGAGGAAUAAUUCUGCCCCGAACGUCAGUGGGAAGAAGAGAGCGGGCUCAUUGAGGCGAGUGAAGAACAGUACAGAAGUCUUGAGACAGCGCUCCGCAAGGUCUUCCAAAAAGACAAAACCCUUGGAGACCAUUCCCGAUACAAGAUCAGGUCGCAAUUUCACCGUCGGGAAUGUUGGUACCGGUGGAAUCCUGUAUCUCAAGCCGUCCGCGAAGCAAGCCCAUCCGCGCUCUGUGAUUUCUCCCCCAACCUUGCCAACAACGGCCCCGCCAGCACUGGGACAUGAAAGCCAUACUUUGACGAACCCAAAGCCCGUCUCGAAUCCGUCAAUCACUUCGCACACCCGUUCAGCGUCACCGAGAAGAGUCAGAUCAUCCGACAGAAGGAUCGCCGCGCCCAAUCAUGCCCGCUCGCAAUCCUUUUCGACGGUCGAGGAACGUCGACAGUCCCCUUCAGCAUCCAAAUCAAAGACGGUGAGGAUCGUGAUUCACCGCCCUGAGAACGGCCGACCGAACACAGCUGGUCAGUCCAUCGACGAGGAAGACGAGGACGAUGUUCUGCCGACCCUCGAGGUCCCCAUUCCACAUUACCGCAUUGGCACUUUUCGCUUCAGUACCCAAGGCACGCCCAUGCUGCGCGGUUCGUCGUUCACGAUCGGGUCGGCCACACCUUCGGACAUGACGCCCACGCCGGCCGCCAUACAGCUCGACAACUAUUUUGGUGCUCCUCAUGCGUCUAGCUCAAAGAUCUUUGCAAAUCUUGACGCCAACAUCCCCGGGCAGCGCGAAGGUCGGGAACGGUCAAAGUCGCAGCUCACGACUUCUUCCAACUCGACAUCGGCAACCACUUCUACUUCGGCAACCUCCAUACCACCCGAGGUGUUUGAUGAUUUGACUCAAGUCUACGAUGAUCCUUCUGUGGUUCGGUAUUGCCAGAACGUGAGGGAGAUAACAGCUGCCACUCCGGCACGUAUCAUCGCCCAGAUAUCGUCCGAUUCCUUCAUGGACUAUGAGCUGGUCUCCGACUUUUUCUUGACAUUCCGGUUGUACAUGUCCACAUCCACAGUUCUGGACCUCCUAAUGGCACGAUUGCGCUGGGCAAUUGCCCGCUUGGAAGACGAUGGUCGCAUCAUUCGUGUUCGGACGUUUGCUGCCCUUCGACAUUGGAUCCUGAAUUAUUUCAUGGAUGAUUUCUAUGCCAAUCCACGCCUUCGAGAACGCUUCUGCCAUGAAGUCAAUAAAUUGUAUGGUGAUGUCAAGGCCAGUCCGGAACAUGGGUUUAGUGACCUCAAACUUUUGCGCGAUCUCAAGCGCUGUUGGAAUGGACGAUGCUCCCUGUGUUGGGAUCCGGCCGAUUUCGAUCUGGACGGCGAUCAGGAGAAUGACAUUCAACCUGGAGGUGAUGAUGACUCGGAAAGCGCUCGGACGCCUCAGAUCGGGCCUCCUCGCCUGGUGCACCCACGCAGUGAUACACCACAGACAGAAAUUCUACGGGGUCCAUCGCACAGUUGGUUCGAGGCCGAGCCCGUUCCUCUGCGGCAUCAUCACGAUGAAGGCUUCGAUCCACUCGCGGACUCACUCAUGAGUGAUGGCAGCUUCCACGCCACUUCAUGCUUCCCUCACAAAAAUCUUCUUCGCUUAGGGGCCGACCGUGAUUCCACGUCUCGAGGUCCUCAUCCCGUGUCCGUACAAUUAAGACGCAAGAAUGCCCCCGCGAACCUACAGGUGAACACACAACCGAACUCCGCAUCCAAGGUUUUGGGCCACAGGCGAGGGCCUAGCUCGAUUGAUAGUAAUCGUGAGCAUACCCCUCGCAAGCCUGAACCUGAAACUCCGGCAGUUGGUGUUGAAGAUGGUGACAUGAUCAGAGGUCUGCUGUAUAGUCCUAGUGGUCCGUUUGUGCAGAUUCUGCCUUCAAAUUCCACGCAGUCCCUGGACAAUACGCAGUCGUCCGGUUCACAAGACAUGCAAAAGAAGGAAUACGGAGGUCACGGUGUCACGCACCCCAUGGGCAGGAAUAUAUUUGGCUCUCUACGAAAAGUCCUUGGGAAUAGGCAUGGGCAUGCGGAUAUGACACUAGUGAGUGUUUCACACUCUGCAACAGAUGUCCCAAUCAGGCCUCACAAAUCGCCAAUGCCUCUGAACGUCUCCAAGUCACAUGAUGAGCUUCGGAACAAGGCUGCACCCACCAAGGCGAAGAAGGAAGAGGUUCGCAUUGAUUUGUUGUGCGCUGCAGUUUGUCAGAAUUAUGAGACAACAUUUCCAACUAAACAUCAAGUCCACUACAGUGCCCUAUUGGGCAAACGUACGCCAUUCGAGGCGAUGGACGUUGAUGACGAACAAGACAAGAGGCUGCGGAUGGCUAGUCAUGCCACUGCCCAGAGCGGUUCAAUAUUAAUCGUGGACGGAACUGGACUCGAUCUGACGGUCAUGACUGGUGCUCUACCAGUGGACAGCCGAGGUUCAUUGCCUCAAGAUCCUGCGUCAAUACCACUGCCUCUAGAUGAUGCGGCAGGCGAUGAUGCUCUCCAAAGCGACGAUAGUCUCGACGCGAUUGUCACACAGCGAAGCUCCAAUAUCUUCGGGAAUCAGUUGGACUUGGGUGUUGGGAGCAACGACACCUUUGAGCUGCCGACCAGUAGUCCGCUACUACCAGAACCUGUGCAACCCGGCCAGAUGGUUGAUGACUUCUCACUGGACAAACGUCCACUUUCACCCACCACUGCUAGUUCCGGUACCGUACGUGGAGGGAGUGGCUCCCUUGAUAUCCCUAGACCGAUGACAGAAGAUACGGAGUUUCAGGAAACUGCUAGCCCAGUCGAUCACAACGCGGCACCCUCGCACGAAGAGACGGAACCUCGCCCAGACAACAAAUUACCGGCUCAAACGUUGAGAAGAAGGCCUGGGGGUAACCUACGACGCGUGGAAAAUGUCCAGCAACUCGAUCAGGCAAUCCACCACGCUUCCAUCGAUACUGCCAGCAUCGCCUCUGAUUCUUCUCAUGGCUCAUUGCUGCUCACGAAGACAGUGACCCGUCGUGCUUCAGAGGGGGCUCCACGACCAGGCAAACCGAUUUCGAUGAUCAAUACCCACUCAUCUCAGCAUCUUCGCCCUUCGUUCGAAGCUGCUGUGGCUGGUUUCUCGGCCAUCCCCGAUGACGAUGACGGUGGACUGGAAGCAACACUGAUGAAAUUGGAGGGGACAUAUGAAAAGAAAUCACCUCCUAUUGACCAACAUCCUCACGACAUGGCUGGACGUCGUAGGUCUUUGCCGGAUUUGAGCAUGAAGUCGCAGCUGGACCUCGAGGAACCGCUGCAGCCCGCAGUCACUGCGGACCCUGAAGAGCGUGCAGUUCUGGAAACGGUGAAAGAAAUCGGGUCUGAAGACAGUCAUGAAGAUCUGCUCACAGAGAAAAUGGAGGUUGUGGAGGUCAAGCCGUCGUCUUCUCGAAGAUCGUCAAUAUUUGGCCUGCCUACUGAGUCUGUGGCAGAUUCUGAGGAGUCAUAUGGCUCUCUGCCACUGCUCAGGCGAGAGACAGCUCAUGACAGCACUGCUGAAGCAUUGCCCACUCAGGGUAAGCAUCGACCUCCUCCUAUUGCGCCUGGUUACUUUGCACAAGAUCCUCCGCAAUUAUUCCACCUGCCAAAGGGCCCUCCACCCAGUGCAACCAAGUCACGGCAUAGCAUCCCGAGACCAGAAACUUCUGGCAAUGAUAGUAAUCAGUCUUUUCUCCUGGACGAGGAUGAAAACCUGUCUGAUUUGUCUUCCGAAAUCUCUGUCGACAUUAUCAACUACUCUGAGAUGGCAGGACGCUCAAUCUCUCCGAUGCUCGCAGCACCAGGAACUGCCAUCUCUGGACUGGAGAUCCCUGCUCAUCCUUUGACCUACGCAUCUGUGGUCAAUCUCAACGUUCCGGAACCCCCUACCAGAGUCUCGGAUCCUCUCCCGCAGACUGGAAACGUGCCGUCACAGGCUCAAACUCCUCUUAUCCGUCCGGGACUUCGGCCCCCUGGCUCUUCGUCUCAGGUGAUAACGCGACUGCCGGCUGGUCCGGCACAUUUACCCUUUGUCCUCGCAUGUGACUCACAAGUUCUUGCUCAGCAAAUGACUUUGGUCGAGAAGUCGGCGCUUUGUGAAGUCGAAUGGCCCGAUCUCGUCGAAAUGAACUGGAAUAACAAGGCUGCUGAGGUCUUGGACUGGGUCGAAUGUCUUUCUGACGGAACUAUUCACGGUAUCGAUCUGGUCAUCACUCGCUUCAACCUUGUCGUUAAGUGGGCGGUGUCCGAGAUCGUUCUCACUCAUGACAUCCACGAACGAGCACGAGUCAUUACGAAAUUCAUCCAUGUCGCGGCUCAUGCAAGGAGGCUGCAUAAUUACGCAACCAUGUUGCAGCUAACCAUAGCCCUCACAUCGACGGACUGUACUCGACUUACAAAGACAUGGGAUAUGGUCUCUAGUCCGGAUAAGUCUCUGCUCAAACACAUGGAAGCACUUGUACAGCCCAUUCGCAACUUCCAUGAUCUUCGUCUAGAGAUGGAAUCAGCUGAUCUCAGUGAUGGUUGUAUUCCAUUUAUUGGUCUAUAUGUGCAUGAUUUGACUUAUAACGCACAAAAACCGACCCACAUCCCCGGUGGACGUGGCCAAGACACUUUGAUCAAUUUUGAACGUUAUCGCACCGCCGCAGUGAUUGUCAAGGGGCUUUUGAGGCUGAUUGACGCCAGCUCGAGAUAUAGUUUUGAACCAGUCCAGGGUAUCAUCGAACGAUGUCUCUGGUUGGCCGCUUUGGGAGACGAUCGAAUUCGACGUGCUAGCAAAGCUCUGGAACCGUAACCGGGGCGUUGGUUAUGGAGUCCAAAAGAUCGGCGGCUUCGUCUUUGUGAAGAGCAGUAAAUACAUUUCCAGCGAUUCAGCGACGGCGUUUUGUUCCGACAGCAAGCAACAAGAUUGAGGCAUCGGUGAAGCGACCGCUUUAAUUUUUUUUUUUGUUUUUUCAGGUUUGCCCUGUUAUGGGUCACGAGUAAGAAGGAGCAUAUACUUUACCGGAACAACCUUCUGUGGGUAAAGGUUAUUAUGGUCAUGGUACUGGAGAAACACUGCAUCGAAUGUUGGGUCCAUGUUUAUAGGAUGAAGCGAGGAGCGUUAUUUUGUUUAAUGGUUAGUAUACAUAUUCCAAAUGUAAUUUUGGCUAAUCAGGGGAGGGGA